AUGCUGGCUGAGGUCUUUAGGUCCAUUUUUCGGUUUCGUAAGACGACCGUUAGUCUGUUAUGUGUGCUGACUUACGCGAUAAUUGGGAUAUUAUACGUCUACGACCACACCCAUUAUAAAUAUGUAUUACCUUCGUCGAGUGAUUUCCAUAGAUCUUCAACACUUUUGGAGAAUGCAUGGCUAGAUUUACAAAAUAUUACGGAAACUUUCCACCCUUAUACUUCCAGGGCCAAUGUCGAAGUCCAUGACUACCUCCUCGAUCGUGUUACAAAUAUUACUCAAUCAGUACCAUAUGCAAAGGUUUCCGAUGAUGUUGCGGAAAGAAGAAGCACUAUUGUCAAGCGAGUUAACAAGGUCAACAGUACCACGAGCUUUGGUCAAAUCUCUUAUUUUGAAUCUGGUAACAUCCUUGUUAAACUAGAGGGAAAAAUAUCUGAGUUGCCUGCUUUGCUCCUUUCUGCUCAUUAUGAUUCAGUGCCAACUGGUCAUGGUGCAACCGAUGAUGGCAAAGGAAUUGUGUCACUACUGGGGAUUCUAGAUUAUUACGCUGCUGAACAACCAAAGAGAACGAUGCUAUUCAACUUCAAUAAUAACGAAGAAUUUGGUUUGCUGGGGGCAGAAGCGUUCUUUUCCCACCCGUGGUCCAACCUCACACUCUAUUUUAUCAAUCUGGAGGGAACUGGAACUGGAGGUAAGUCAGUACUUUUCAGAACAUCCGAUGCUUCAACGGCAAAAAUGUACCAAAAGGCCGUCGUUAAGUCACCAUUCGGGAACUCGAUAUACCAGCAAGGUUUCAAUGAUAGGUUAGUGAGAAGCGAAACGGAUUUUGUUGUUUACGCUCGAAAGGAAUUGCGAGGAUUCGAUAUUGCCUUUUAUAAACCCAGAGAUCUUUAUCAUACCAUCAAGGACUCUAUCCAAUAUACUUCUAGAGAAGCGCUAUGGCAUAUGUUUCACACGGCUUGGCAGUUAAGCGAUUACAUGGUCAUGAACUCCAACAUUGAUGACGAGGAUUUCACAGCAGCUGUUUAUUUUGACAUACUGGGUCUCCGUUUCGUGACAAUUAGUGCUAAGACGCUAUUUCGCUCGGGUAGUACCUUAUUGGUCUUAAUGCCAGUAUUGACUUUUCUCGUGGAUUUUAUCGGAAGAAAGAAGAACAAGGAGACGAAGGGGUUUUGGAACAUAUGGUUGAGACUUCCUUUGUCACUAGCGAUUUCUAUUGGUCUCGUCCGUGGGACACAAUCUUUCAUACAGGCGGUAAACCCUUUCAUUAUUUCUCGCGACUAUUUGAGCCCAUUGUUCGCUCUAUCGUCCGAGUUUGUCCUGAUCAACUACCUGGUUUUAUCUCUGUUCGAAUACUUGUCUCGGACCGCCGAUUUUAAGACUAUAGCAUUAAGAGAGCUGGCUGUUCUAUUGUGGAUCAAUCUUUUCGUUCAAACAGUGAAACUUUACACCUCGGGCUACAAAGAAACUGGAACCUACCCAUUCACAAUUUUCUACAUGACAACUUCACUCGGUUGCAUCAUGGGUUACAUUUGUCGUUCGUUUGGGAAGAAGAGAGCUGAACCAGUUGCAUCAAAAAGACCUCAAGCAGAGACCUCGUAUGGCUCUCAAAUCGUCGAUGAAGAACGAGGUGGUGAGCCGGAUCAGCAAUCUAUUGGUAGUGGGCGUUCAAGCGGUAUCAAUGAAAAUGGAAGUCAGCAUGAACAUUCAGAGGAAGUACCACUAGAUGAGAGAGCACCACUUCUUCAGACCAGUAAAAGUAAGGACGAUCACAAAAGCAAACCAAUUGUCAAAGGACUUAUCACUAAAGCGCUAAAUUACGACUGGAGUUUACAAUUUCUAAUCACGCUGCCAAUUGCAACUUUUUUUCUGUUCAACAGUGUCGAUUUGAUACUCGAUGCUUUGAAUCAAACCAUACAGGAGGGGUCAAAGUCCACCAUUAACACCUGGAACAUUCUAUUCCUUGGUAGCAUCCUGAUCGUAUUACCUUUGUUACCCUUCACCUACAAAUUGAAUUACCUAGUCGGACUUUUAUUUGCUAUAUCUUUCGGUAUUUCCCUGGCUCUCUCUUUAUUACAGUCUCCAUUCACAGAGCAGUCUCCUCUCAAAUUGCGGUUUGAACAAACAGUGGAUAUGAAUAAUAGUACGGAUGCUAUAGUUAGCGUGCUUGGGAGAAAGGGAGGUUUUGUCUCAUCUGUGUUGGAUGACCUACCUAGCGUCAAGGAGCAGAGAAAGCAAGUUUGGUGCGAAAGCUUGGGUGAUGGAAACGAGCAAUGUUCUUAUGUGGGGUAUCCUCCCAACCUCUUCGACUCCAGCAGUCCGUUGAAGCCACAAGACAUAUUCGCUAUUGAAAUUUUGAAAGAUGAUAGAAACUCGGCUGAUAGAUCUUCUUAUGCCCCCAUCAACGCUGUAUUGAGAAUAAACGCUAGAGAAAACAGAGCAUGUAAGGUGAGAUUCAACUCCAAUUUCAACACCAAUUCACCUGUGCGGCAAAUUACAAUAGACAAAGAGGGUAUGGGUAAAAACACUACACUCGAGGUCAUCAAACUGUCUUCGGGGAUCAAUGAAGUUCAGUUGCAUAAGCUAGAUUUCGAUAAACCCUACUACAACAUCGGGGUUCAAUGGCUACCCAACAUAAUCAACACUAAUAGUAAGCGGGAAGAUAGAGAUGCAGAUGCUUUAGAAGUAACCGUCACUUGCUUCUGGGGAGAAUAUGACUCGGAAAGCCAACUCGGACACAGUCAUAAAAGGAAGUUACCUGCUUUUGAUGAACUUCUAGAAUACUCUCCCGUGAACGUGAUUUACACUAAUAGAGAGAAGGGUCUGUUCAAAUUCAUGGAUAGUGUUACUCUAUGA